AUGGACACCCCUCUAGUAGCUAUAGUCACUGGCGCCAACCGUGGCAUCGGAUGUGCCAUCCGUGCUGCGUUGGUUCAGCAACUCCCAGGCCCCUUGAUUCUGUACGCAGCCUCUCGUACCGGGGGUUCUAUUGACUUGUUAGGCCUUUCUAUUCCCCCAGCUGUGCAAAUUUGCCCUGCUCAGCUGUCCCUCACCGACAAGGCCAGUAUCACCGCCCUGAGCACGAUGGUCGGCAACGAGCAUAGGGGCUGCGACAUCCUCAUCAACAAUGCCGGGCUCUACUAUUUCCAACAGAACAUCACCGCCGCACAGCGUCAGGAAACUCUCGACGUGAACUAUCGCGGCACCCUCAAUGUCUGUCAAGCCUUUUUACCAAUCAUGCGCGAGAACGGCCGCAUCGUCAACGUCUCGUCCCAAUCCGGCCAGCUCAAAUACUUCCAUCCUCGCUUGCAAGCGCGUUUCUUGAGUCCCGACCUCACCUUUGCCGACCUAGACGCUCUGCUCGGCGAGUACAGCCGCUUAGCAGACCAGCACACUGCGACUGCGUCGGGCUGGCCCUCCUUAGCCUACUUCACAAGCAAGGCCGCUCUGAACGCCGCAACACGGAUUCUGGCCCGCGAAAAUCCUCAUCUGCUAAUUAACUGCUGCUGCCCCGGGUGGGUGGGCACGCCGCUAGGUGCGCAGGCAGGUCAGCCGCCCAAGUCUGUUGAGGAAGGAGCGAGGAUCCCGCUGCGACUGGCGAUUGGUGACAUCGGACAGAUUAGUGGGCAGUACUGGGCGAAUGAAUCGGUGGCGAGUACGGGCAAUGGAAAGAUUCAGGAUUGGUAG